AUGGUCAACACAUUGCAGUCUGAUACUAUUCAAAAUAAAACUGUCCCAGCUGUUUGUAGAUUUCUUUGUCAAGUGAAAUGCUUGACAGAAUCAGAAAAAUAUAUUCUCCAAAACUCCAAAACCAAAACUUUAAAAUCUGAAGAAUUUCUGGAUCAUUUACAAACUUUCAUAUCUGAUCUUCUCCAAAUUCAGAAAGCAGUUGAACAAGAUAAUGAAUCAGUUUCUCAAAUAAACAAGGUUGAAGAACAAAAUGAUCCAGUAGAAACAAUGGAAGUUGACAGUUCUUGUAUUGAUAUAGAACACUCUAAAUAUAAAUUCAGAUAUCCCAAGCUGGCAGAUAACAUUCAGAUUAAAGUGGAUAAAAGUGAAAUAGACAGAAGAAUUGCUUCAUUUAUGUCACAGAAACAAGAAGAAGUGAAUAAAUUCAACAAACGUGAAUUCAGUAUUGGAGCAGUCUCUUCUGGGGAAGGAUGUGCACGCACAGACUCAGUUUUUAUACCUAGAGCUGGUUCUCGAAGUCAUAUCAAAAUAACAAAAGUUGUCAACACGUAUGGUCCUCAAACGCAGCAAUCCUGUACUAAAAUAGAGCAAAAUGAAGGUUGUUCUGUGAAACAAGAAGACUGUAUUAAUUCUAUUAUUGAAAAUAGAUUGAAUGAUAUUGAAGCUCAUACAGAUAUUAAACCAGAUUCUAAAGAUAUCUGUACAAGACUUAAAGUCAUUGAAGAAAGAAUCUUAUUUUUAGAGAGUCUGUCCCCAGAAUAUUUUAAUCAAAUUCCAAAACGAAAGAUUAAGAAAGAAUCUAUUGAGAAAGUAUCAUCUAGUGAAAGGAAUAAUUCAGGAGAUAAUUAUUUAAGUUUAUCACAGAUUGAUUCUAAAAUACAAACUUUAAGAGAUGCCUUACUCAGAAAACAGUUAAGAUAA